CAGGAAAUACCACCGAACCCGGAAGUGCUCCCGAUGCAGCCCUAACUGCUGUUCAUUCCGGCAGCUGCGAUUCCGAGCAGUUCCUUAAAAGGCAUCCGUCAGUGUCGGGCGCCUUAUAUUUUUCUCUUAAACGCCGUUGGAAUCGAUUAAAGGAGCGCUAACAUGGCAGGUCGGCUACCGGCUUGUGUCGUCGACUGCGGCACAGGGUACACAAAGCUUGGCUAUGCAGGAAACACAGAACCACAGUUCAUCAUACCUUCUUGUAUUGCCAUCAAAGAGUCGGCUAAGGUGGGAGACCAGGCGCAGCGCCGGAUGAUGAAAGGCGUGGACGACUUGGAUUUUUACAUUGGCGACGAGGCCAUCGACAAACCAGCAUACUCGACAAAGUGGCCAAUCCGCCACGGAAUAGUGGAGGACUGGGACCUGAUGGAGAGGUUCAUGGAGCAGAUCAUCUUCAAGUAUCUGCGGGCAGAGCCUGAAGAUCAUUAUUUCCUGCUGACCGAACCUCCCCUCAACACCCCGGAGAACCGCGAGUACACGGCCGAGAUCAUGUUCGAGUCCUUCAACGUUCCCGGCCUCUACAUCGCCGUUCAGGCCGUCCUGGCUCUGGCCGCCUCCUGGACGUCCAGACAGGUGGGCGAGCGCACCCUGACGGGGACCGUGAUCGACAGCGGCGACGGGGUCACGCACGUCAUCCCGGUGGCCGAAGGCUACGUUAUCGGCAGCUGCAUCAAGCACAUCCCCAUCGCCGGGCGCGACAUCACCUACUUCAUCCAGCAGCUUCUGAGGGAGCGGGAGGUGGGGAUCCCCCCCGAGCAGUCGCUGGAGACCGCCAAAGCCGUGAAGGAGCGUUUCAGCUACGUCUGCCCCGACCUCGUCAAAGAGUUCAGCAAGUAUGACACGGACGGCUCCAAGUGGAUCAAGCAGUACACGGGCGUCAACGCCAUCUCCAAGAAGGAGUUCACCAUCGACGUUGGAUACGAGCGCUUCCUAGGACCCGAGAUCUUCUUCCACCCCGAGUUUGCCAACCCAGACUUCACUCAGCCGAUCUCGGAGGUGGUGGACGAAGUCAUCCAGAACUGCCCCAUCGACGUGAGGCGUCCACUCUACAAGAACAUCGUGCUCUCCGGGGGCUCCACCAUGUUCCGGGACUUCGGCCGUCGCCUCCAGAGGGACCUGAAGAGGACCGUGGACGCCCGACUGAAAAUGAGCGAGGAGCUCAGCGGUGGCAAGCUGAAGCCAAAGCCCAUUGACGUGCAAGUCAUCACUCACCACAUGCAACGGUACGCCGUCUGGUUCGGAGGAUCGAUGCUGGCUUCCACUCCGGAGUUCUACCAGGUAUGCCACACGAAGAAGGACUACGAGGAGAUCGGGCCCAGCAUCUGCCGCCACAACCCCGUCUUCGGAGUCAUGGAGGCGGGGAAAAGAAAAGAUCGCAAAGACCAUCAAAGCCUUUGCAGGGAAUACCCCGAGCGACAGUGGACCAAAACCGAGCCGCCCCACCCAAAAUUGACAAAUUGGAUGGAAGGAGAAUCGGAAAUAGCCGGAUAUUUCGACAUGUCUCCCGCCAACAGGCUGAAGGCGCUGCUCUUUCUGGCUCUGUUCUUCGGAGCGGCGGGCUUUUUGUUCAUGCUGCUCUCCUGUGGGACGGAGUACUGGCUGCUGGCCGCCGAGUCCUGCGACGCAGGGGGCGGUCGGGAGGAAAUCAAAAGCAACGUCAAGAUCUUCCACGAGGGCCUUUUCUGGCGCUGCUCCUAUCUGGGGGAUUCCAAAGACCACUCCAUAUGGGACAUCUGGAUAUCCAGUCAGCCGGUGUCGAAGGUGUGCCGGGCGGCUUUUCUCUUCCCGUUUCCUGUCCAUGAACCGGUGUCGGUGGAGCCGUACAGUUCAGACCCGGAGCCCCUGGACCGCCCCUCUUCCAUCGUCUUUAGGACCUUCUGGAGCAUCUUCCUGGCCACAGGCGUGAUGGCUGUCACCCUGGGUGGAUUUCUGGUCAUCUGCGCUGCGCCGCUGACCAAUCACACGCUCUACAAAACGGGCGGGGCUCUUCAAAUUUGUGGCGGCCUGUGUCUCCUGGUCGUCAUGGCGAUGUAUCUGAUAUGGGUGCAGGUCCUGGACACGCUGGAGCAGUUUGUCCUCCACCGGAAGGUGUCCGGCUGCCCUUCCUUCCACCUCAGCAUCCAGCACGGCCCAUCCUUCCUCCUGGCCCCGGUGGCCGUCUUCUUCUGCCUGCUGGCCGGCCUCCUCUUCGUCCUGGUGGGUCGAAGCGUUCAGGGGACGGAGCUGGACGGGGCGGGGAAGAACCCCGGGCCUUCCACGGCCGAGCUGUGAUCGGUGGCGGUUUUGUCGAACGUCUUGAGGACUCACUGCCAGAUUUUGGGUCUGACUUUCUGUGGAUGUUUGGUGUCACUAAGUUUCAUUUUCAAGAUCACGAAAAAAGUAUUAAAGGUAAAAGAAACAAGUCUAGGCUCACUGGCAUCUUGUCUAAGAAGAUCGUGAACCAUCCUAAAGUCUUAAAAAAAACUACUUUUAACUUUUUUUUAAAAUUGUUUGCAAGCUAAGUGACCUGUUAGCUGUAGGGGCUAAUAACAGUGUGUUUAGGUGCUUUUUGCACAUGGGAACAUCACAUCUGAUGGUUCUCUGAUAGGCCUUGUAUGGGAAUAGAAGUUAUUAUUACCACCUUUGCCAUCUCUCGGUGCAGUCAUGUUGAAUUUGGAACUUUUCAGGUGCGUUCGAGACGAUUUGGGAACUCAGAAAUUCUGUGGCCUCAUCUUUCUGCUGUUUAGUCAUUUACAUUUUCAGUACUGAGCAGCUUCCUGAAGUAGGUCUUGAUUGUUGAUUGUUCGGAUAAUGAUAUGAAAGUAAUACUAGGACGUGCUUAAUUUCACAUGCUCAAAAUUUUUGUAUACGGAAACUUUGGCCAAUUUGGCAAAAAAGUCAGUCCCAUUUGAUCACUGAAAGAAGUAUAUUGAACUGAUUAAAUGUUAUAUUUUUGGAUUAAUUUUCUCCAAUUGCCAUUAAGAUAAUUGAAUAUAAUUUUUUUUA